GGCUCACAGCAUGGAACUCAUGAAACGAUGGGGGCGGUGAGUAGUGGUUUGACCGAUGGUUUUCGUGGGAAUUGCUGUGUUCAACGUCGGCCACCAGUCCGGUGCUUUAAUCCGCACUUGAAUCUUCAGCUGUUAAAGCUGGAACACUCUGGUGCACGGAUCGAGGAAGUGUGGUUGGUGAGACCAGAAAGAGGGAUUCAAGCUCCACUAUCCCCCAAUCUCUCCAUGGAGCCCAUGGAGAGUCGGCUGGCAAUUGUUUACAACAUUAGCGAGGGCGAUGCGAGUGAAGGAUCGAGCAUCAAACCCUUGCGAUUGGAUUGGCACCCAGAUGGCCUCGCAUUCAUGCGCUUGACUUCAAACAACAGCGGUUUUUAUGUGUCUAUUGUCUUUGGACCACUACAUAUGUGCACCGUAUACCAACACAGCCUUUCUAGCUUUUGUAUCUAUGUGCAGAAGAGAUAUUCUUCCCGCUUGGGCCGGGCUUUGACACCUUAGGCAAGGUGGGCUGUCCAAGAACUGCGUCAGUAUGAAAGUGCCUUCGGAGCCUUUAUCUCUGGAAGUGCUCAUGCAACAUCUCCAAUCCAUUGAAAAGAAAGCUUACGACCCGCAGACCUUCAACUCCAAGGAUUUUUGCGAAUAUUUGUACGGCCUUGUCGAGGGCAAGGAGGAAAGGAGCAUCAAGCAAGAUGACUUUAGGUGAUAGGAUCACGUGAUACGAUCCACGUGAUUUGGAUGAGUGUGAGCAAAGUUUUGCAUAUGGCUUUGUUUAGUUCACCGGUUUCCGCAUUUUCCAUAUUUAAUGUUUGCCCUUUUGCGUCACCGGUGAAUCUUUUCAACAGAGACAAAUUCGUUUGCCGGCAGCUGAGCACGCAAUUACAGCAGCAAAA